AUGCCUGCUUCGCCUCGUGUCCAGCAUAGGACCAUUGAAGUCGACGAGCAUUUCCUUCCGUUUCCUGCAGCCAAGCUCGUUGUCACACAAUAUUUUGCGACUUGCGACGAGACUUUCACCUGUGCGUGGAUCAUAGUCGGUGCUUUUUACGAUCGUCACGGUCGACCUAUCUGGAGCACAGAAAUACUGAUCAGCCGAAUUGACAACGAGUCGGACUCGGACGGCGGUGAUUCUACUGGUGAUUCCGUCAGCGAGUCUACAGAUUCUUGUUACGACGGCGAGGAAGAAGAAUCAGACUCUGUGACCGGUUCGGCAGUAGAAGAGAAUCUGAACGUCGACUUGCCAGUCUCCCACACAGCCUACUCUCAUCCAUUUCUUCUACCCACACCGGCAGCUCCUAUUGCCACGUAUAUUGCUCCGCCGGCUUGGGAUCCGGUUUCUCAAGGGCCAGUUCCCGGUCACUGGCAGGCAAGCUUCGACGUUGGCUCAGGUCGUUGGACCACACCUGACGACAGCGUGUACGAAAUGUCUGGAGGUUGGAACCCCGUCACCGGCCGUGACCCAAGCGGCACACGUCCGAACCAUGCUCCUUAUGGGGCCCCUCUCCCCAGCCAAGGCCAGCCUUAUAUCUUUCAUUCUGGCGGGCCGGGAUAUAAUUUUGGUACAGUACCUCACUACAAUACGUGGGCAGGAUUCUCUUACACUAUGCCCCCGUUAGCAAAUCCGGGAGUGUACCCUGCUAGCUAUGGGCCCCAGGCCGGCCCAGCAGGCGGGUAUUACACUCAACAGACGUUUUCAUAUCAGCCCAACGGAACAGGAAAUAUCCUCCCACGCCAGCCGCAGCCUUGGCCUGCGAUCGAUCCCACGAUGCCCGCCGCGCAAAUGACUAACUCAACAGGAGGCGUGGGUUGCGAACCCGGCUAUAACCUGUUCUUUGCCGCCGAGCACACCAAGGCUCAUGUUUUUCGAUCCAACAUUCCCCCCUGGCAGCUGCCCGCGACGGCCCAGCUUCCCUUCAAAGCCGUCCACAUCCCUUGCAACACGACCUUCGAGGAGUUGCUCAAAGGAUUUGGCUGUACUAACCCCGUGCCGAAGAAGAACAAGGUGUUUGAGAUCCAGAGCGCUGGUGGUGGGAAAUGGUACAAAGGUCUGGAGGUAAAUGGCGGAAACAAGGAUCUUGUGAAGAAGUCGAUCAAGGAAAUUGGUUGGGAUGCCACAAGGACUGGGAAUCCACGUGAGAAACCAGUCGUGUGCUUGUGGUUUUGCAAGGACUAA